CAGCCAGGCAGAGCGAGCGACAGCCCGGAGCAGCAGCAUCCCGCUCCUGCCCGAACCACGUCUCUCCCCGCUGCAACUCUGAGCGCCACCGGCCGCCUCCCUCCGGACACCGCCAUGGACUGCCCGCAGAAGCCGCCCCUCGCUCACCUCUUCAAAGGGACCUUCGUGCACGCCACCCGCUCCUCGCCCAUGGACGUGCUGCAAGGCCACCUGCUGGGCGUGGGCGACGACGGGAGAAUUGUGUUUUUGGAGCAAGCAGAUCAGCAAGAGCAACUAGCUAAGAAGUGGGGCUUCAAAGCAUCUGAUAUAAGAGAGCUUAGUAGUCAUGAAUUCUUCAUGCCAGGAAUGGUUGAUACACAUAUCCAUGCACCUCAGUAUGCAUUUGCUGGAACAAGAGUAGACCUACCUCUUUUGGAAUGGUUAAACACAUAUACAUUUCCAACAGAAGCCAAAUACAAAGAUAAUGAUUUUGCUGAAGAAGUAUACACCAGAGUUGUAAGAAGAACGCUAAAGAAUGGCACGACUACAGCAUGCUACUUUGCAACAAUUCACACAGCUGCUUCUUUGCUACUUGCUGAAAUUAUAGAUAAAUUUGGUCAGCGAGCAUUUGUUGGAAAAGUUUGCAUGGAUAUCAAUGAAAUUGUUCCAGAAUACAAGGAAACCACUGAUGAAUCUCUCAAGGAGACAGAAAGGUUUGUUAAAGAACUACUAGAAAAGAAAUAUCAAAAGGUACAACCCAUAGUGACGCCUCGUUUUGGACCUUCCUGCACUGAGAAGUUGCUGAGUAGACUUGGUGACUUUGCGAAGGCUCGUGACAUCUACGUGCAGAGUCAUAUAAGCGAGAAUGAUGGAGAAAUCAAACUUGUGGAGCAAAUGUUUCCUGACUAUAAAAAUUAUACUGAUUUAUAUGAUAAAACCAAGCUACUUACAAGCAAGACUGUGAUGGCCCAUGGCUGUCAUCUCUCUGACGAAGAGCUGAAACUUUUUAGUCUUCGAGGAGCUGCAAUUGCCCAUUGCCCCAAUUCAAACUUUUCGUUGUGCAGUGGCAUUUUAAACGUACAAAAUGUUCUGAAGCACAAUGUGAAGCUUGGUCUUGGCACAGAUGUUGCUGGUGGGUAUUCAUCUUCUAUGCUUGAUGCUAUCAGGAGAACGAUGUCUGCAUCUAAUACCCUUCUACUCAAUAAAGUGAACAAUACAGGCUUAACUCUUAAAGAAGCUUUCAGACUAGCAACUCUUGGAGGGAGCCAAGUCCUAGGACUAGAUGAUGUGAUUGGAAACUUUGAAGUUGGCAAAGAAUUUGAUGCACUGCUGAUCAACCCCAAGGCUUCAGACAGUCCUUUUGACUUGUUUGCUGGAGAUACUUUUGAGGAUAUUAUCCAGAAGUUCCUGUAUCUAGGUGAUGAUCGGAAUAUUAAUGAAGUAUAUGUGGCAGGCAAGCAAGUGGUUCCUUUUUCAAGUUCAGUAUAAUUUCAUUUCCGUUCUGCAAAACAUUCUAUGGAUCAUUCUGCAUCUAAGUUCGAAGGGAUUGGUUAAAUGCAGUGCCUCAUUGUCAAGAGUGACACCUCAGUUUCUUCGUUUAAUGCUAUGAAUUUGCAAAAUAAUUAUGAGCCUUGUUAGAUUACAAUUUACCUUACCAAGAUGAUCACAUUUGUAUAAGAAAAAAGCUUCUAAAUCCAUCUUUACAAAUCACAUCCAUGAGCAGUGGGGGGCGGGCAGAAGAGAAAGCAGGGGCAGCUAGAUUAAAGCCAGUGCGGUAUACCUACUCUACCAGAGGUUCCAAAUGAAAACCGUGCAGCUGUCUGGAGCUCACAGAUUGCCAGAGCCAAAUGGAAUUCAAACCUUGCAUGUUUUUAGUUCUGUUCUAAGCCUAGAACCUCUGGGCCUGAUUCUCUUCGCACACAGCAAUUUAUACCAGUUAACUGAAUUGACUUCAGUGGGAUUACUCCUGACUUAAACUGGUGAGAGAUCAG